GGGUUCUGGAUCAUCAUCAGGUUUCGAUCCCGAAAUCAUUAAUGUAACUGAUGUGAGCGAUUACAUCGACAUGGACGUCAGUGAAGAACCGGCUUGCCAGAACAAGAAAGUAGACAUUCUGUUUCUGUUGGACAGUUCUUCCAGUAUUCGUGACGUGAACUUGAAGAAGCAAAUAAAUGUUGUGAGUUUAAUGAUACGAAGAUUUGACGUGGGUCCCCACAAGACUCAAGUCGGAGUAUCAAUUUACAGUCACCAAUAUAUCCCUAUAUUUAAAAUAGGGCAAUUGAGAACAAAAACGGAAAUCCUUUAUAACAUGAAAAAGAUCAUUUUUAUCGGCGGAGGGACAAAGACUGGAAAGGCUCUCGAAAAAGUAAGGACAGAAGCAUUUAAUAUGGGUAGAAAACGUCCUGAUGCAGGCAAAAUCCUUUUUGUAUUUACCGAUGGACAAUCAAGCGAUUAUGAAAAAACCAGAGAAGAAGCUUAUCUAUUGAAAAAGUCCGGAGUUAGGAUAUUCGUAGUCAGCAUUGGUUUGAAUAUUGAUCCGGUUGAAAUCAGAGACAUUGCAAGUGAACCUUCCAAGGAGUUCAUCCAUAAUGAAGCAACAUUUGAUGCUGUGAUGCAAAGUACUGAAAUUCUAACCCGUAAAACAUGUGCAGCUCCGAUGCAGAUCACUCCAAAAGACCAGACUUUUUGCAAUGCCACGCAACCAACAGAUGUAAUAUUUAUGAUCAGCAGAAAUCGCUUUGGCCAAUGGAAAACUAAUAAGAUUCUCCAAGCAGCUUCUGAGAUUAUUAAAAGACUUGGUGCUGGGGGCCCUUUCCAAAUUGGUAUUACUUUUGACGACUGUCCUGCAGACCAAGAUAUAUCAGUCGGUUCAAUUGAUGACACAAAUGAACUUAUCGAGCGAAUGAAGAGCGUUCAGUCCAGACCAUUAAGUAGUAUGUUCCGACGAAUUCAUGAAGAUAUAUUUUCCAGCGGUGGAUCAUAUUCAUCAACAGGUGGUGAUACUCGUAAGGUCGCCUUCGUUUUUAUCGACAGUACUGUAGAAUUGCACGAACCUGACCUUUCAGAUGAGAUAAAAAAAGUUUUAUUGGACGGAAUUAGUGUCUACGCAGUUGCAAUAGGCGAGGAUAUACAUAUGCCACUUUUAUACAGACAUAUUGCCAAAGGAGAUAACGUUAUUAAAGUACACUCCUACGACACCCUGGAAGAUUCUUUGCCAUCGCGUUUUACAAGUAGAAUCUGUACACGUACCUUCUCUUCAGCUGCCUUUUCAUUGUAGAAUAUAUAUAUACUAUGUUUCGAAAGUUUUUCAAUUGCUUCCACAGACAACUUUCGCACAAGUAUUUUAAACUCCAUUUUUGGAGAUAAACCUUUAUUGUUUGAAAUUACAAUCACAGAAAAGAAAAAGACACAAAAAUGACACAACUAUAAACAAACAGCAAAAUUGGAAGCUGAAAAUUUAGAACUGUUUUUCUUUCGUAUGCUUAACAUUUCUAUGGAAUAUUUUUUUAUAUUUUCAUAUAUACAAAACUAUUUGUACUUUAUUACAAUUUGUACUUUGUCGACAAUUGUCGUACUUUUUCACCUUCUUCCAAAUUAUUUUAAUACUAAAUAUGUUCUAAAAUAAAAAGAAUGGCAAAUCAACGUUUAAGACAUGAAUAAGGAAGAUUGGACAAAAAUGCAAGAUUUCGAUACAACAGUUUGUCAAAGCCACGUGUUAAUACUGUAAAGAAAUGGGGCUUGUGAAUGUGUCACCUUUAUACAAGUUGCUUCAAUGGCUUUGUGAAUAAUUUCCAAGAAACGUGUGUAAGAAUUAAACUUUUUAAUAAAAUGUGUAUUUUUGUAAUGAG